GGGGCGCGAGUGGUUGCGCCCGUCCAAUAUGGCCGCCACCAUGAAGAAGGCGGCCGCCGAGGAUGUCAACGUCACCUUUGAGGAUCAGCAGAAAAUUAACAAAUUCGCGAGGAAUACCAGCAGGAUCACGGAGCUGAAGGAAGAAAUAGAAGUGAAAAAGAAGCAACUUCAGAAUUUGGAAGAUGCCUCUGACGACAUCAUGAUGCUUGAUGAUAGUGACUCACUGCUGAUACCCUACCAGAUUGGAGAUGUCUUCAUUAGUCAUUCCCAAGAAGAGACAGAAGAGAUGCUGGAGGAGGCAAAGAAAAACUUACAAGAAGAAAUUGAAGCUUUAGAAUCUCGAGUGGAAUCAAUUCAAAGAGUGCUGUCUGACCUGAAAGUUCAGCUCUAUGCGAAGUUUGGAAAUAACAUAAAUCUUGAGGCUGAGGACAAUUAAGAUUUUUUUUAAAUUUAUUCUUUUUUUAUUGUUUUGUUAUUGCUUUGACUUCUUUUCCAGUGAUGUUUAAAAAAAAUUACCCGUUUCUAUUUUUGUUGACUUUCCUGUGUUGGAUUCCAUCUAUUUAAUAAGAACUAUCUUAUUUUGCUUCUUGCAGUAAUUUAUUUGUCCAGGAAAGCAUUAGCAUCAUACUGUUGAUAAAGCAUCGAGAUUAGAAUAAUUGCACUGUUUAUUAAAACAAUAAAAUUGGAUGCA